AUGAGUGAGAUCGGGAGAAAAGUACUGUUGAUUGGAGACAGUAUGCUGAGUCACAUUGACGAAGAUCCAGACUUGAUUAUAAAGAUUUCGUAUCCGGGAAUCCAAACAUGGCAGCUCAAUGAAAUUCUCGACAUAGAAGUUCUACCAAGCCCCGAAAGAGUCUUCCAGACGAUCGAGCAAAUCAGCUGGGCUUACCGAAACCUCAUUCAGAAGCUGGAAACUAUCUACAAAGAUUGCUUUGUUUUACGAUCACUGUGUGUACCUCGACAGGAUCAGUUUGCUGAGCGAGCGAAAGAGAUAAACGAGAAAAUUCGGAGAUGCCCAUCUCGCGAUAACAAAGGCCUGGAUUACGAUUCGUACUUUGACGAGGAUCCAAAAUGGUAUCACACAGAUGGACUGCAUCUUUCGAACGAAGGGCUCGAGAAAUUCGCAGAAGUCAUCAACCGAGUGGCAAAAAACACUCUCGAAUCGCCGAAAAACCCAGAUCGCCAGCCAAUUGACUGGGCGGCCGUGGAAAAGUGGCGCAAAGAGAGAACGAGUGCCUUGGGUGAUCAACAAAUUCGAUAUAGAAAAACUAACUAUCAACCGAUUCUGGAGACGAUAUCGCCGGUUCUACGACAACUAGAGGGAUUCAAUCUGGCAAAAUAUCCAACGAAACAGGAUGAACGCUUCAUCGACGAAAAGGAAAGGUUCUUUUUUGUAUUUUCGAAAGAGAAAUAG